AAAUAAAAAAAUAAAAAAUAAAAAAAUUCUCGAGUCCCCACCACCGCAUCCAAGUCGUCCCUCCCUCUCCCUCCUUUCCCCCAAAUGGCUCUGCUCGGGGACGACGGUCGUGGUUAUGAGCUCGCCUGUAAACUCGAAUCCUGCAACGUUUGGCGCACAUGGCUCGGCGAGUCCACUUACGCCCACUUCGCCCCCUUCCUCAAUUCCCCUUCAACCUGGGAAGCCUUCAUGGACUCCAAAUCUAAGGCUCCCCUCCAUCUCCAACUCCGCGCUCGAGCUCUUCUUUUCGACAAGGCCUGCGUUUCCCUCUUCCUCCGCCCCAAUUCCAACUUUUCUUCCUCCUCCUCUUCUGCUUCAGUCGCCGUUUCCAAGCUCAAUCCCAUUUAUUUGCAGCUCCACCCUGACGACGUCUACUUCACUCUGGAGAAUUCGUCUCAGGAUGGGGUUCAAGUUCAACAACGUGACGCUUUGGUGCCGUCCAAGGUAUGAUUUUGGAGCUUUCGUCGAUUGUACCAUGAAUGUGAUGUAUUUGACUCAAUCUAAAGCAGCUUUUGGUGCUGGAUCAAGAUAUGGAGAAUCUGAAAUUGAUAACAUACCAUUGAGAUUCAAAAAUGAUGAGCUGUCUGAGACAUGGUAUAAUCAGUUUAUUGAGAGAUAUAGAAUGGGCAAACCGUCUAGGUUGUCAUCAGGGGAGCGAGAAUCAGAGAAACGUACUCCAGAGGAGAUGUCUGCUUACCUUAAACUUCUUGAGAGGCAUAAGAAAAGACGCGUAGCUUUCAAAGAAGAUCCGUAUAUGGGAUUUGGAAAUCCCAUCCAAGAUGCAUCACACUUGAAUCCAAAUUCCCUUUUAGAUGGUAGUAACUCAAUUGAUAGUGAAACAUCUUUUUUCCCAGAAACAAUGUUUACGUUCAACUGUGUUCCCGAUAGUGCACUUCCACCUUUGAAUAGAGUGGAUGACAACCUAAAAAUGGAAUGUUUUGGAGUUCUUGAUACAUUGCCUCAGAUAAUGACUAGGAGUCCCGUUAUGCUUGAAAGGCUUGGCAUCAGGCCUGAAUACCUCAGCAUGGAACGAGGAAUCAUACACCGUGGAAAAAAUGCUUUUGGAGGGAACAAAAAAUGUCUUAGUCAAGAGCAAGCAACACAGUUAUCUAAAAUGGUAGUAGCUAGGAUGAUGAUAAGUAUCGGGUUUGAAGGUACUACAGAAGUUCCAAUUGAUGUUUUCUCCAAGUUACUGAGCUGCCAUAUCCAGAAAUUGGGUGGCAGCUUGAAACUUCUUGCUGAUAGUUACAGAAAGCAGUGCUCAGCGCUUGAACAACUAAAGAUGUUCCUUCAAACUGUGGGAUAUGGUAAUUUUGGCUCUCUAGUGGAGCAAGUCAAAGAUGGCUCCAGGAAUUUUCAGCAAACUCAGCAGCAAAUUCACGGAAUCCAGUCUCAGUUGCAGCCACAGCACCAGAAUCUCAUUCGACUACCCCAACAAGUGAACCAACAGAUGUCUCGACAAAUGCAUCCGCAGAUGCAACAAAUUGCCCAUUCAAAAAAUGUGCCUUUUCAGCAACGGCAGCAGUUAGAAAGAAUGCGAAGAUGUCAACCAUCCGCUCCUCGAGCAGGUAUGGAUACGGAUAAGGAAAGACCAAUGGUACAGGUCAAGAUUGAAGCCCCAUCAGAGUUACCCAUGGAUGGUAAUGCCUUCAACAGUUUCAAUAGCAGACAUCCACAGGUGCAGUUUAGGCAGCAGCAAGUUCCUCCAACGUCAAACCUUACAAUGUCAAAUGUCCAUGCUCAGUCGGGAAAUCAAUUUAGACAGAUGGCUUCCCAAAUUCCUCAAAUCCAAGUGCAGAACAUGAGUGUUCUGAGGGCUCCACCCGUGAAGGUUGAAGGAUUCCAGGAAUUGAUGGGUGGAGAUACUUCAUCAAAGCACGACUCGGACGAAAAUAGGCUGACCUCUCCCUCAAGUAAAUAACUUGCCUGCAUCUUAACAGUCGGUAUAAACUCCUCCAUUCUGUGCUUGCUGCCUGUUCUGAUCUUGUGCCUCUUACAUCUGUUGUAAAACCUCAUUUUGUAUGCUAACCGUUGCUUGAUGCAUAUAUAGUUUGAUGACACUACUGAUUUUUUAGUUUCA